CAAAUCAACUUCCUGCGGCACGAGAACACUAAAACAAGCGCACAUACAUGUGCUCCGCGCAGUCUAGUGCAUUUCCCGCUUCGCUAUUUUGCAUUUCCAUAGUGGGGAUGUAUGUCAUGCAAACAUCGCGCGCAUGAAGCUCGCCUUGACAAGGCGAGCUGACUGUGGAAUCGAAUAGCACAGUUGUGAGCUCUGCCGCUCAGCUACGCGGCGGCCUGGACUUGAAGCUGGAAGCAGGAUGGGACUUCCGUACCCCACACGGCAACGGCCGUACCUGCACUAUUUUCCUUUAUGGGCAACGCUGCUCAUGGUCUGCACCAUUAUCUUUAUCUGCAUCUGGAUCCACUAUACACAGGCCAUGAUAUUCGCUAUAAAUGCCACGCUUGAUGUGCUGGGCGAGGGCACUGCUGCCGACAACUUCUCCGUAUUGAGCCAGUCCGUCAUAGCGACGUCCAUCCUGUACUUCAUCUACGGCUCCGUCAUGUACGGGCUGUGCCUGUGGUGGAGCCUGCUGGAGGUGGAGGCGGACCAGAUAGGGCAAGUGAAGGACAAGAUGCAGCUGUUCAUGAUGUCCAACCUGACGGUGCGCGUGUGCUGGUGGGCCAUCAUGACGUGGAUGGUGGUGCUGCUGGCGGGCGCCGCCAUCUUCGGCGUCUACACCAGCAACCUGUCGUACAUGAUCACGACGGUGCUGAACAACCAAGCCAUGGUGGGCGGCUACCCGGACCACACGGGCCCCUACCCCGACUGCCCCGCCACCUGCCUGGACCUGUGGGUGAUCGACUACAUCGACACGCCCAUGGACACGAGCUGCGUCUGCAACCGGUCCACACUCAUGUCGGCGCUGACGUUCGCGCAGCAGGCCAAGGACAGCAUCGCGGGCGCGCUGGUGGGCGUUUUCUUCAUGUACAUCAUUGGCGGCUACUGGCGCAGCGAGCUGGCGCGGCACUACGCCACCUGCCGCACCAUGCAGGACGUAUCGGGGCGGCUGGCCAAGGGCGGGCUGGAGGGCGGCGGCGCGGCGGUGGCGGCGGGCGGGCGGUCCGGGCCGGGCCGCGGCAAGCCGCCGAGUGGACGAGGGGCAGGGAAUGGGGACUCGGACGCGUACCGGCCGCUGGCAAGCGGGCCCAGCCCCGGACGCGGGAUAGGUCGGGGGCGCGGUCGGAGGGAGGCGGGAUGAUUGGCAGGCUGCGGAGGGGCCUGCUGGGCUGCGGUGAGAGCAGCAUCGCAAGCCGGAUGUGCCAUAGGCGUGCAUAGUGAUCAAAUGAUCGUGAUGCAGUGGGUUAAGAUACAUUCAUCGGUUACGGAUUUUUCAUUGUUACGGCACGUCUUGUUGUAGUUGGCAGUGGAGGCGGUGCACUGUGUUAGUGUCGCUGCGGUUGAGUGCUGGCGGGGGUGAGGGCGAUGGGCAUGGUGCAGGGGCUGGGGGUCAGGCUCGCACUCCAAAAUCCAAGCUGCACCGACAUUAUUUAUA